AUGGAAAUACGUAGAUCUAUUAAUCAAAACACUGGGGAUUAUGUUUAUGUAUUAAUAACAACAAAUCUUGAUGAAAUAAAUCAAGUUGCAUGUAUAUUUGAUCAAAAUGAUUUAAAAAAAGUAAAUGAAUUAAUAGAAUUAUUAAUAAAUAAUAAUUAUAAAAUACAAAGAAAUUCAUUAGAUGAUGAAUAUGAUUCAGUUUGUAAUAUCUUAAUCGAACUUAAUUAUCUUAAUGAAAUUUCAGGAAUACUUACCUUUGGACCUUGUUAUUUAGUUUCAGAAGAAGCAUCUGAAUUACAAUUACCUCAUUGUGAAAUUUGUAAUUUACCUGGAACAAUAGGAACGUUUUGUCCAAAUAGUACUUGUCAAACAUUUUAUCAUUUAUUAUGUUUAAAACGUUUAGGAAGAGAGAAUCAUCUAUGUUCACGUUGUAAAACUCAUUUAGAUUAUAAUUAA